AUGGGAGCAAAUGGGAGCAAAAAGGCAGUUUGGUUUGCAACAGCAAGAAUUGCAUUGAAGUCAAGUGAUCGUGCAGCAGCAAACAGAGACACCAAGUCUAUCGUCCAGAUUUCACGCUCCAACAUUUAUCGCUUUGGUGACUUCGCAGCGCCGGUCUUUCGUGAUGUUGAAUGGACUAGUGAUGAGGACACUCCUAGGUCACCUACGCAUAACUCCUCCGCCCUUACCUGGAGGACUAUUUCCCUCCACGCGACCCACACAACUGUGUGGCUUUUGUAUCAUUUGCGCAUCGGCCGCGCGCAGCAGGUGGUGCCUUCUACGACUACACUUCUCGAUACGGCGCAGUCAGAGAAGAAGACCGUAUCACCCUUUGAGAAUCCGAAAGGUGGAAAGGUGAAGACUCCCGUUGAAAUUGCACAGGACGAAGUGAAGAAGGGCAUCUUUGAGGACCUAACUUCGAGACUAGGUCUUUCCUCCCUGUUAGAUUUACCUUUGAUAGCUUUAUCAAAUGGCCAGACGCGUCGAGCACGCAUUGUGAAGGCUAUUUUGUCUGAACCAGAGCUCCUCGUACUCGACGAACCUUUAACCGGCCUUGAUGUUAAUACUCGUCCAAUCUUGCUGAAUGUCCUUCGGUCGCUGCACGAGUCUCGCAGUCCACGCACCAUCAUGGGUCUCUGGAUCCAGGAUCCUGUUUCUGACUGGAUUUCGCACAUCGCUCUAGUGACGGGCGAAACUAUCCUGACAGGUGUCAAAGAUGACAUCGUGUCCAAGUAA